AUGAACGAGCAUCCUGCACCGCGGCUGCCGCCGCCGCCGCGCAUAGUCGUUCUCCGGACUACUACUGAUAUCCUCAAGCAAAUCAUCUCCAUCUUCUUCAACCCCAACAACCUCCAGAUGCUUCUCUUUCUUUCCCUCUUGGUGCUUUCUAUACGCGUUAACGUCGAAAUGACUACCCAUUCCCUCACUUCCUUCAUUGAUAACGACCCUUCCAUAAAACCCCUCAUCUAUCGAAUUCACGGCCCUCCCAAUACCACCUCCCCUACCUCCAACAUCACCACCAGACGCCGCCGCUUCCCCCAGCUCACCCGCGUCAGGACUAGGACUCUAGACGAUGAUUCCUUCCCGGGAGACUACGAGUUCGAUCAUCGAUGUUUUGGCAGCAGCCUCCUAAAACCCCAAUCAAAUGCCACUUCAUUCAUACUUGACACCUUCGAUCCCCAAUUCGGAUUCUCCGAUUCCGUAUCCGAUAAUGGAAUUAGGGCAUCUGAAACUGUGCGUUCUACUGCUAAGAUGACUUUCACAUUAAUCGAGAUCAUAGAGAAAGAAGAAAACGUCGUCAUCCAUAGAAGCAACGAUUCUGCUCCAUUGAACGAAAUGGCUGAAAGUGAAUCCGAAUUCCAGUUCUUCUUGAAGAGAUUAUCUCCCUUCAUUCUCAUGAGAUGGGCAAUCAGGGAUGCUCUCACUCAUCUAUUGGGCUUCUGUUUCUUCGUAUCAAUCAAAGAUCAAUAUUCCUUCUUAAAGAUCUUCCUUAGGUACAAGUUCAUGCCAUUUUCAAUCAUGUCCCCUUGGGUUAAAGGUUAUGAGAAGGAGAUUUACUGGUUCCUAAAAUCAUGGAUCAUAUUAGACUUGUUCAUGUCUUAUGCUUUUGCUGUGGUAGCUUGGAUAGUUAUGGCGGGUUCAAGAAGAAGCUGGAGAGAAAUUGUGAAAGAAGGUUAUCAUUUACUGUCAUUAAGGCUUCAACCUGCUGUUAAUCUUAUGUUUUUUGAAGUUGUAGUUUGUGGGAGAUAUGUUAGAUGGGUGAUUUCACAACAUUUUGGGGUGUUCUUUGCUGUAGCUUUACAGUCUUUCAUGGAGGUUUAUUUCAUGGUUGCGUGGAUGAUGUAUUACUUGUCUGUGAAGUCCAUUGAUGCUAAUUCUAGUGGUCAACCUUUUGGUAAACCAGAGCUUGAAGCCAUGCUUGAAGAUGUUAAAUGA